UACCCCAGUGGACAGGUGCUGGACUGCUGGUCAAUGGUCACGCCCGAAGAAGAGCCGCUCGUCCUCAAACAGUUCCUCCGCUUCGGUGAAACACGGCCCAUAGUACAGCUGAUGAUGCUUCGGUGUGUGGAGGGACACCUGCAGACCUCUGGUCCAGACUCAGACAAGAAGAAGAAGAAUGGAGGUCCAGGACAGGUGGUCAAACAGAGGACGGUCCACCUCAGUGAGAAUGUCUCAGGAGGACAGUCCGUGCUCCUGCCUUUCCAUUUUCCACACUCAGACAGAUGUUUGCUUCCUUCUACUGAGGAGCUUGUUUCCUCCAGUAAACUAACACAGAUCCUGAAAACGUCCCACGGGACAGAACCGGCUGAGAGACACGAACACCAUGGAGGAAGAACCGGGACGCACGGUGACUUCACCUGGAAACAAGCUGAACCAGAACCUGCCGUGUCCGUAAAACCAGACCCGGACAAGUCAAGUCCGUUACUGACCCUCUGGAACCAGAGUUCAGGACUCCACACUGAGCUGAGAGGAGACUGGGCCAGACAGAAGAAAACUGUGUCCUCAAAGCCAUCGUCUUUCCUGUGUCCACCAGUGUCCAACCCAUCGUCUUUACUGUGUCCACCAGUGUCCAACCCAUCGUCUUUACUGUGUCCACCAGUGUCCAACCCAUCGUCCUUACUGUGUCCACCAGUGUCCAACCCAUCGUCUUUACUGUGUCCACCAGUGUCCAAAUCUUCUUCCUUUCAUCUACAAACCUCACAAAAGUGUCAAAGGUCACCGCCCUCAAUGCAACCUCUUCCAUCUUUCUCCUCCUCUUUCCACGGUUCUCUUCACACCUCCUCUUUUGCUCCUCCCAUGCACCCUCAUCCAUCCUCCUCCUCCUCAUCAUCAUCGUCCCUCCAUCCUCUCCCUUCUUCCCUUUGCUCCUUCCCUUCCCUUUCCCUCGGAGGAUGUCGGAAAGGGAGGGUCAGCUGUGGCGUUUGUGGGAAAAGCUUCUACGACAAAGGAACCCUGAAGAUCCACUACAACGCCGUCCACCUGAAGAUCAAACACCGCUGCACGAUUGUCGGCUGCUCCAUGGUCUUCAGCUCGCUGCGCAGCCGAAACCGCCACAGCGCCAACCCAAACCCCCGGCUGCACACGGGGGCCUGCAGAGACCCCCACCUCUACCGGGCCACGCCUGAAAACUCUCAGAGGAUGGAGGACGGACCGGAUCACAGACACAAGCACGGACAGACGUGCAGAGAAAGGGACAGUGUGUUUUGGCAGAGGAGUAUCGACACAACGCCGCCGCUAAACAGACGUUUAAACCUCCAACAUGGCCGACGGAGCAUCUCACCUCAGGAAGCUGGCUCUCCUCCCCAGACUGUAAACCAGAACCAGUUUAUCGACCCGAAUCCUUCCCAGAACCAGAUUCCCCUGCUCCUUCUCCCAGCAGGAACUGCUUCCUCAGUGAGCUCUUCUUCCUGUCGCACCUGCCUGGUGACCAAUCAGCAGUGGCGUCUAGUCGACCCUUUUCCAAAGAAGAAGCCGAGGAAGUCGAGCAUGCCCAUGAAAAUAAAGAGAGAGAGAGAAUAUUCAGAGCAGAAGAUGUGAGGACAACGAGAAGGUCUGAAGAACUGCAGGGCUGGUACAACUUUCAGACCAGCCUUCUUCUAGAUAGGGUCCUGGAUGGGGUUCUAGAUGGGGUCCUGGAUGGUGUCCUGGAUGGGGUUCUAGAUGGGGUCCUGGAUGGGGUCCUGGAUGGGGUACCAUCUGUGAUCCCAAGCAGGAAAAAAGAUGGAAACUAUCUUCAUCACUGUUGUUCACAAUAAAAACUCUUUAGAUUA